ACCGUUGUCAACGUCGCUCGCGUCGCGUCACUCAUUAUAUCAAACUUUUAUCGUGAUACAAAAAAAUACAUAUCAAGUGUUUUGUACAUUUGAACAGAAACGAAUUGCUCAUUUGAAAUUUCGAAUAACGAAUUACAUUGUGUUGUGAGGAAGUGCAUCGAUAUCGAAACCAGUACCUGACGCGUGGCGGAACAUAAAAACAAACUCUUGUCUCGUGUUCCGAAUGGUCCCCGGCGAUAAUUAGUUUGGUAAAAGUGAGUGUGUGUGCUGUGGACGCUUGAUGGUUCAAUUAGAACUAGAUUAUUAGGCUUUUAUAACUGGCAGUUCGUGUGAGCGGCACUUGCACCGACAUACGGAUGUUGAAGUUGGAGUCACCAGAAGUCCGCAUGGCGCUGCCGCUGCCGCGCCCGCCGGAUCCCACGGCGCUGGCGGCCUACUGGGCCGAAUAUGAAGACCUGUGUCGCCAGAUCAGCCCCGUCACCCACACCGAUGAUGACGACAACCAUUACGAAGAAGGCGAGCUAGAAACGGAGUGGCUUCAAGCCGCCGGCUUGGCGUCCCUAGCCGCGCCGUUUCAAGCCGGCUUGGAAGUCACCGAGGCCCAGCUGGGUGAAGCGGUGCGCCCCCUGCCGCGGGAGCAAGCCGCCGCAGUGCGUCGCCGCGUGCGCAGGUUGAAUCGCACCGUCAGGAGGAAGCGUGCUGCUUCUAGAGCUAGGAAGCCUGAUAUCAGAGAUGUCUUCCGGGAUUUGGAGAACUCGAGUGGCAGUGAGCCUCGGUCCCGCAGCGCGACGCCGGAUUCCCUGGACUCACUGCCCAGCGCCGGGUCUGGCAGCCCACCCGCCGAGUGGGCUGAUACCGUUACGCCGCCUGACUUCGUUGACAGCUUCCCGACGGCUGCACACACGCCGCUGGCCCGCACGCCGUCUGCGCCGGCGGCCCCGCGCCGCUCGCGGCUCUCGCCGCCUGCGCACGACUCGCCGCCGCUGCCCAUGCACGAACUCUUCAAACCCAAUGACUUGCACUGGGCUGACAUCGCGACUAAUACUGAGGGCAUCGAACUUCUAGGUUACCAAAGAUAUGGCACAGUCCAGGGACCAAGGAUAGGCAAGGAACGAAUCAACGGAUCCAUCUUGAAGGACAACGAUCCUUUUAUUGGCAAACACACAGCAGUUUCCCGCGCCAAGAGCGCCGCGUCGGCUCAACAGCCACUUAGUUUCGAGCACAAAUUCAACCUGGACAGACAGAUGCUGGACCAAGAAGAGGAUUGGCCUGAAGAAAACAGCACGGUUGAUAUUGAAGACGUUGGGGAACCACAGUUGAAGAGGCUGCUGCCACUGGUGUGGUUGGAGCUGACAGCAUUGUUUGACAGAUACUCACUGCCGUUCCAGAAGAGGAAGCCGCCUAAGAAGAAGAGGAAAGAAGAGGGCCAAGUGUUCGGCGUGGCACUCGAGACUCUCCUGCGCAAGGACAUGAUCCUGUGGGAGGAGACGUGGAGCUCGGUGCCGAGCGUCAUCCGCGCGCUGUCGGCGGCCCUGUGCGCGCGCACGCAGGACGAGGGGCUGCUGCGCGUGCCCGGGAACAAGCAGAAGAUCGAGUCCCUCUGCCAGCUGAUCGAGCGGCAGUGGUACGAGGACCGGGCGACGGUGGAGGCGGCACUCUCUCGCGCGACCAGCCACGACCUCGCUGCAGUGUUCAAGCGACUGCUGCGAGCACUGCCACAGCCGCCACUGACGCAAGAGCUGAUGAGGCUGUUCUACCACACCUAUGCUCUAUCAGGCAGCACGUGUGGGCGCGCCCUGAACCUGCUGGCGCUGCUGCUGCCGGCCGAGCAACGCGGCACGCUGCGCGAGCUGCUGCGGCUGGCGCGACAGAUCGUCGCCAACAGCCACGCCAACAAGAUGAGCGAGCACAACGUCGCCAUGAUCAUCGCGCCUACGCUAUUCCCGCCCAGCCUCCUGAUCAAGCAAUCAGAUAGCCUGGAGACGCAGCUAGCGACGGCGGCCAACAGUUGCCACGUGACGGAGGCGCUGAUGCGGUGGAGCGACCAGCUAUGGUCGGUACCCUCAGCACUGCUCGACGCCUCACAGCGCAAGCCGCAGCCCACAAGACGCAACCACCACACCUGAAGGAACCUCACACACCCACUGGACAGAUACGCUGCCCAAGUACGUACCUCGACGCGUCAGGAAUUGCUCCGUGACAGUCGAUGGUCGGAUUUUAAGGAUUUAAAGUGGUGCGUCAGUGUAGAAAGCACUGCCCACGACUAGAGAGUACUCCAUUGAUCAACUCAAUGAAUACAGCAGUCGUAGGUAACAGGAACAGACUAUCUGACUCCGAGGAACCGUGCUCUUAAGUAUUAGACAACGCUUCAGUAGUGUUGUGCUGUGCUUUUUUAUUCCUGAACAAUAUUUUAUUGAGUGAUAUAUUUAAGUAUACAUAUACUCCGUGUUAAUAUUGUAGUUAACGCAUUUAGUGGAUAGAAAUGUGAAUGAGAUGCCAAAUAUCGAGUUAUGUGUAAUUUAGUGAUAUGAAUAACUCUUAUUCCAGUACGAUGUAGGCAGAGCCUUUAUUUAACCUUUUAAUAUUACUAUUGCACAGUUUAAUCAGAUUCGAUUGCGUGUAACAAAAUUGUGGUGCCAUUACUUUGGUUGGUUUGAAAGUUACCGUUUUGGCGAAAUGAUUAAUUAUGAUAAUUAACAAUUCACGAAUACUGUGGUGCCUUGUUUAUUGAUAUUUUAUUAACUUGUAUUCCCAUUAUAUUAGCCUGUAAAUACAGUUGGGUUUUUGUAAAAUAUUUUACCAAUACUUUGACUAGGCAAGGAAAGACUGACUUGGUGUAUUAUCAAUAAACUAUUGUAUAAUUAUUUCUAAGUGUAUUUACUUCUGUAAUUAAAAUAAAAUGCAUAUUUACAACAA